UCUCUUUUUUUUUUUAGUUUUUGUGUUAAUUGAUAUCGUCUUCCUUUCUGAUCAAAAUCAAAACUUUUGUAAUUGUAAAGUAGAGACAACCUUCACAAACCCUAAAUCAAAAAAGAAAAAUCGUGAGGGUUGAGGGUUGGGGUGAUCAUCAAUUCAUCAUGACAACCGGAGAUCUGGUGAAUAUCCAUCCUACAGAGCUCAAAUUCCCUUUUGAGUUGAAGAAGCAAAGUUCGUGUUCGAUGCAAUUGACCAAUAAGACUACUCAAUGUGUCGCUUUUAAGGUGAAAACAACGAAUCCUCGCAAGUACUGUGUCCGUCCGAACACCGGUGUUGUCUUACCCGGUGAUUCCUGCAAUGUUACAGUGACGAUGCAAGCCCAGAAAGAGGCACCUCUUGAUAUGCAGUGCAAAGACAAGUUCCUUGUUCAGACUGUUAUUGUCUCUGAUGGUACUACUUCCAAAGAUGUCCUCGCUGAAAUGGUCUCUCCUUCUCUCUCGAAUCUCACUCAAAGCUUUGCCCUUUCUUUUCUUUUAAUUGAUAUUGUUGGUGCGUCUUCUUCUUCUUCUUCUUCUUCCUUGCAGUUCACCAAGGAGGCGGGUCGAGUUAUUGAGGAUUUCAAAUUGCGGGUUGUUUACAUCCCUGCCAAUCCUCCUUCACCCGUCCCUGAAGGUUCUGAAGAAGGCAACUCUCCUAGGCCUUCCCUCAACGACAUUGCCUCUCAAUCUACCUCUCUUUUUGAUGACGUGUCCAGAACGUUUGAAGAGACAAAUGAGAAAUCUUCUGAGGCUUGGUCCAUGAUUUCCAAAUUGACCGAGGAGAAAACUAGUGCUAUCCAACAAAGUCAGCUGCUUCGACAGGAACUGGAAUUGCUGAGGCGAGAAUCGAGCACGAAGCAGUCGGGCGGUCAUUCCUUGGCGUUGAUGCUGCUGGUUGGUCUGCUUGGUUGCUUUAUUGGCUACAUCUUCAACCGGACAUAGACUCUGUGGGGUUAGCUUCAUCGUCCUCUCAAUCAUCAAUUCUUCCAAAGUUCUAAACAUUUUUUAUUAUUAUUUUAAAAGAAAAAUAUAUAUAUUUUUGACCAGAGAUUUCUUAAAAUUCUGAGUUGUUUUUUUUUAAAAAAAAUUAUUUUUAAGCUGUAAAAUCAGUAGCUGUAGCUCAGGAACAGGGUGAUUUUGUGACUGUUAUUGAUUUAUAAGCACACUUUUGACGCUGUA